UUGUAUUCAUACGAUUGAUAAGGUGCAUUGUACUAUUUAAUAAGCUAAUUAUUAUUCGAAGAGAGGUUUGAUCGAACACGUACGAGCAUUACGACGAACAUGGAAGGAUUGAAGAGAAUGUCGAUGAUGGUUGUAGUGGUGUUAAUGGUGUUGAUUGCAAAGGAAGUUAGUGCAACACAACAUGUUGUGGGUGGAAGUGAUGGUUGGGAUGAGACUACAGAUUAUGAUUCAUGGGCUAAAAGUCAGACUUUCAAAGUUGGUGAUACACUCGUGUUUAAAUAUACUCCUGGAUUACAUAGCGUGAUGGAACUAGGGAGUGAAAGUGAGUACAAAAAGUGUGACACUAGCAACGCUGCCAACUCAAUGAACGGGGGUAACGAUGUUGUUAAGCUAGACAAAGCUGGAACUCGAUUUUUCACUUGUGGAACUGCAGGGCAUUGUGGUGCAGGAAUGAAGCUUAAGGUAAACGUUGUCGGCGCAACUGGAUCAUCAUCUUCCUCUUCGCCUUCAUCUUCAUCUUCAUCCUCGACUUCAGAUGUGUCUACUGCUUACCAAAGCCUCCUUCGUUACACCCCAAUCAUGUCAUCACUUUCUCUAGCCAUGACCUUUUUACCAAUGUUUGUGCUGUGAAAGGGUUCCUUUUGAAUGGAAGAGUUAUUUUUUGAAUAUGAUUAAUUGAUGUACGUAGUCUUGCCUUGGUUUAUGUAUGUAAUUUUGUUAUGUUUGCUAUAUAUUGACUUUGGUUGUAAACUUGUAAUAAUAUUCAAAUUGUAGGAGGUACGUACGGUUAAUGGAAAAUAAUCUAUGUUACUCCAACACCCUACUGUACAAUACUUCGAUAUGACACGACAGCCAUUUAUAUAA